AUGUCAAUUUUGAAAUUAAUACAAGGAACAAUAUAUUGUUUUACUUCAUUCCUUGUGCAGUUUAUUAUUAUUUGGUUUAAAGGAUCAAUAAGAAAGGCAAAACAAACAUUUUCAAGUUUGCACGACUCCAUUGACUUAUUUUUAAUUAUGGACGAUAUAUUGGACGAAGAUUUUGGUACAGGUUCGCUUUCUUUGAACUUUAUAGAUACAACAGAUAGUGAUGCAGCCCUUCUCCAGGGAGCGACACAGGAUUCACAAUUUGAAUUCGAUCAACAACCGUUUACAAUUUCAUCUCAAGGUUGGGAUUCAUCGAUUGCAAAUGCUUUAGAUGGUACGCAAGAAUUAACAUUUGUUGAUGACGAGGAUGCAUUAUCAUCGAAUACAAAUAAUCUGCCCGCACAUGCUUGCAGGUAUUGUGGUAUACACGAUCCAGCAUCAGUUGCCCAUUGUGGAACAUGUGAUAAAUGGUUUUGUAAUGGUCGAGGUAGCACAGCAGGAAGUCACAUUGUGAAUCACUUGGUUCGGUCGCAACACAAAGAAGUUUUCCUUCAUAAAGAAGGAGCUCUUGGAGAUACGCUGUUGGAAUGUUAUCAGUGUGGCUUAAGGAAUAUAUUUGUAUUAGGCUAUGUCCCAGCCAAGGCAGAUACAGUAGUUGUUGUUCUUUGUAGAACUCCAUGCGCCAAUCAGGCUGUUUUAAAGGAUUACAAUUGGCAGGUGGAUGAAUGGAAACCGUUGAUUCAUGAUCGUCAACUUCUUUCAUGGCUUGUGAAAGUUCCUUCAAGUCAAGAACAAUUGCGGGCUCGCCAGAUUACUGCUGCACAGAUUAAUCGACUUGAGGAGUUGUGGAAGGAAAACCCUAAAGCGGUAAUGGAAGAUUUAGAAAAACCAGGAAUGGAUGAGGAGCCGGUGCAAGUGCAGUUGCGCUAUGAAGAUGCUUAUCAAUAUUGUCGAAUUUUCUCACCACUUGUUCAUGCAGAAGCAGAAUAUGAUAGGAAAGCCAAAGAAUCUCAGACGCAGAGUGUUGGGCAUGUUCGUUGGGAUAUUGGGUUGAACAAGAAACUACAAGCUUUUUUUCAUUUACCAAAAUUCUCUGAAGGGAACAUGAAGUUAAUGUUGGGUGAUGAAUUACGCUUGAAACAUCAACAAACGAUAGAAGGUGAAUGGAGUUGUGUUGGAUGUGUCAUUAAAGUGCCAGAUAAUCGCAAUGACGAAGUUGGUAUUGAACUGCGCUCUAAAAUUGGAAAUGUGCCAACUGAUACUAGGACUAAUUUCACCUGUGAAUUUGUGUGGAAUUCUGCAUCUUUUGAUAGAAUGCAGAUGGCACUUCGACGACUUGGAGAAGAUAAUGAUUGCGUGUCACAGUACAUAUAUCAUAAGUUGCUUGGACAUGAAAUCGAAGAUGUUGUGUUUAAAGUUCAAUUACCCAAGAGAUUUAGUGCACCAGGCCUCCCAGACUUAAAUCAUAGUCAGGUUCAAGCAGUUAAAACUGUACUUCAACGGCCUUUGUCGCUAAUCCAGGGACCUCCAGGAACUGGUAAAACAGUUACUUCAGCGACAAUCGUUUAUCAUCUCGUUCGGCAAACUAAUGGUCAAGUACUUGUUUGUGCUCCCUCUAAUAUCGCUGUCGAUCAAUUGACUGAAAAAAUUCAUCGCACUGGCUUAAAGGUGAUUCGCCUUUGUGCAAAAAACAGAGAGACAUUAGAUAGUCCUGUUGCCUUUCUUGCUUUACACAAUCAGUUAAAGGCACUUCAAGGUGCUGCAGAGCUUCAUAAAUUGCAACAGCUAAAGGAAGAAAUGGGGGAGUUAUCCGCAGCAGAUGAGCGCCGAUUUGUUGCAUUACGAACUGCUAAAGAACGUCAACUUCUUGCAGCAGCUGAUGUUAUAUGCUGCACUUGUAUUUCAGCUGCUGAUUCUCGUUUGUCACAUAUGCGUAUAAAAUGUGUCUUAAUUGACGAAUCCACACAAGCCACAGAACCGGAAGUUAUGGUAGCUGUUGUUCGUGGAGUAAAGCAGCUCGUUCUAGUUGGUGAUCAUUGCCAACUUGGUCCUGUUAUUAUGUGUAAAAAGGCAGCGAAAGCAGGUCUUUCAAAAUCUUUGUUCGAGCGUCUUCUGGACCUUGGCUCCCGUCCUAUUCGAUUGCAAGUGCAGUAUCGUAUGCAUCCUGCACUUUCCGCGUUUCCCAGCAAUGUUUUUUACGAAGGAAGUCUGCAGAAUGGUGUUACGGAAGGAGAGAGAGUAUUGACUGGGAUCGAUUGGCAGUGGCCUGUCCCUGAUAAACCACUGAUGUUUUGGAGUUGCUGCGGUCAAGAAGAACUUAGUUCUUCUGGCACAUCUUAUUUAAAUAGAACUGAAGCAGCGAAUGUUGAAAAGAUUGCCACUAGGUUUUUGAAAGGCGGUCUUCGGCCCGAACAGAUCGGUAUUAUAACUACUUAUGAGGGCCAGAGAUCAUAUAUCGUGCAGUUUAUGCAAAAUCAAGGAUCUCUACAUAGCAAGCUGUAUACCGAAAUCGAAGUGGCUAAUGUUGAUGCUUUUCAGGGACGUGAGAAAGAUAUAAUCAUUGUAACUUGUGUUCGCUCAAAUGAACAUCAGGGUAUUGGUUUCUUGAAUGAUUAUCGGCGUCUUAAUGUUGCUCUUACUCGUGCAAAAUAUGGGAUUAUAAUCGUUGGUAAUGCAAAAGUCCUUUCUCGACAUCCGAUGUGGAAUUACCUUUUAGUUAUGUAUAAGGAAAAGGGAUGUUUGGUCGAAGGACCAUUCAACAAUUUAAAGCCAUCAACAAUCACUCUUUAUAAACCAAAAAGUGUGCCCUCCGUUGGAGCUGUAAGUUCAUUUCUGUUUGGAAAUAUGAAUCGCUUACAAAGAACAGUUAUACCAAAAGAGUCGAUUAUGCCAGGGCCGUUAUAUGAUCGAGCCCGAAGUUGUGCACGACGCGAUCUAAGGAUGUUGCAAGAUCCACUAUCAACGGUUUCUGUUGAUAGGUUGAGGCCGCAGCCUGGUGCCACUAUUCCAUUUCCAGUUCAAAUGUUCAUGCAGCCUCCUCCUACAUCAAAUACUCAUUAUUAUCAAUCCCACACUAAUCAUCAAGAAAUGAAGAAAUUAAUAAAUUAUGGGAGCGAUGAAGAAUAA